AAAACCUGAGGGUAACAGAGUGGGAAGAGGCAAGGCAGAGCAGCAGGGUCCCUGAAGGCAGGCACCAGCUUCCAGAGGGACGGGAGGCUUGGAAGGGAUGUUAGCAGGGGAGCAGCAUGAUCAAAUUUGCAUUUCAGCACUCAGGCUGCAGUAUGGAAAAUUGAUUGGAGCGGAGCAAGGGAGCAGACAGAGGCUGGUUAAAGGCUGCAGGGGGGCAGGGGUGGCAAAAAGAGGGCACAGUCAAGAGAUAUUUAGGAUUCAAAAUCAGCAGGACUUGAUGCUUCUCCUGGAUGGGGGAAGGAGGGAGAAAAGGGUCAAGGAUGCUUCUCAGAUGCCACCAGCUGAGCUGGAGAAAACAAGAGGAGCACAUAGGGGGUUUGUGGGGGGUGCCGCCAGGAGAGAGGGGGAUCUCAUCUUGAGACAGAUUGUGUUUGAGGAGGCUGAGAACAACCAGGAGACAUCUGUGGGCAGGUACAUACGCCAGGGAUGAGGUCAGGGCACCCAGCUGUGGUUCAGAGGGGAAGAUUAUUAUUUUAACAGCUUGACAGACUCUUCUUAGGAAUACUUUUGUUUGAGAAAGUACCUUGCUAUCUGCUAGGGUUAAAAAGGGAAACCUAGGGCAUGGAUGACCAUAGGGCCAGUGCAACCACAAAAAUGGUUACAUUGCCUUGUGAGAGAAAAGAGUGAAAUCUCUUUGGCCCUGAGAGGAGGAGAGCAGAGAGGGAGGGGCAGAGAAGGGAGGGGAGCGUGGGGGAGGGCAGAGAGGCAGGAGGAAGUGAGUGAAGGGCCAGUGGAAAUUCCCACUGGUGGACAGCAGAGGUGGACAGCAGAGGUUUCCACUGGUGUGACCUGUGUGGCCUUGUGUGAUCCAACGCAGUUUGAGUCCCUGUGGAAUAAACCCCUUCUCCACCUGCCCCUCUGUACCCCUACAGGCCGCAGUGUCCAGUGUCCUUGGUAAAGUCGACUCUAUUCACACCUGCAUUCUUCUGACCAGCACAUUCCUGGGGACACCAACGUGCUGGUAGAGCUGCAGGUGGGAGCCAGAAAAGCCUCCACAGAGAGCAAAAGCCAGGGUCAGCCAGAGACAGGAGACCGGAAGAGACAGAGGAGAUCCAAGACCAGAGGAGCAGAGAAGAGGCCCCAGAGCAAAGCAGGAAAGAGCCAAGGCACCAGGACAUGGAUGCAGCGGAGCCAGGCGGCCGCAGCUGGGCCAGCACGUUGGUGUGCAGGCUUUGGAAAGCCAUCAGCAGGGCACUGUUUGCAGAGUUCCUGGCCACAGGGCUGUAUGUGUUCUUUGGCGUGGGCUCUGUCAUGCGCUGGCCCACAGCGCUUCCUUCCGUGCUGCAGAUCGCCAUCACCUUCAACCUGGUCACUGCCAUGGCUGUGCAGGUCACCUGGAAGGCCAGCGGGGCCCACGCCAACCCCGCCGUGACGCUGGCCUUCCUCGUAGGCUCCCACAUCUCUCUGCCCCGAGCUGUGGCCUAUGUGGCUGCCCAGCUGGUUGGGGCCACGGUGGGGGCUGCUCUGCUGUACGGGGUCAUGCCGGGAGACAUCCGAGAGACCCUUGGGAUUAAUGUGGUCCGGAACAGCGUUUCAAAUGGCCAGGCGGUGGCCGUGGAGCUGCUUCUCACUCUGCAGCUGGUGCUCUGUGUCUUCGCUUCCACUGACAGCCGCCAGACAUCCGGCUCCCCCGCCACCAUGAUUGGGAUCUCUGUGGCACUGGGCCACCUCAUUGGGAUCCACUUCACUGGCUGCUCCAUGAACCCUGCCCGCUCCUUUGGCCCUGCCGUCAUCAUUGGGAAGUUCACAGUCCACUGGGUCUUCUGGGUGGGGCCCCUGACGGGAGCCCUCCUGGCCUCACUGAUCUACAACUUCAUCCUGUUCCCCAACACCAAGACCCUGACCCAGCGGCUGGCUAUCCUCACAGGCACUGCAGAGGUGGGGACAGGGAGAGGGACAGGGGUGGAGCCCCCAAAGAAGGAAUCCCAGCCCCGUUCGGAAGCCGUGGAGAUGGAGAGUGUGCGUGAAACAGCCUAGGCCUGGCCGCGCCCUCGGGCUCCCUGCCUUGCAGGGCCUGCCUGGAGGUUCUCCCUGGAGACGGCGGGAGGGGGAGGCUUGACCUCUUGUCCUGACCAGGUGGGCCGGAGGGGACAAGCCCUAUCCCCGGCAUUACAUUUCUAGAUAGAAUCUGGGAGUAAGCCGGGCACAGUGGCUCAUGCCUGUAAUCCCAGCACUUUGGGAGGCCAA